AUGUCCGAAGAUAGGGGCACAUUGGUACCGGAGGAUGGUGGAGCCUCGAAGAAGGAUACCGGCCUGCUCAAGGUCCCCUCGCGAUCCUCGUCGCACCACAAUACCACCAACAACAACCAGCAAUCCUCGCCGACUUCCACCGGGCUCAGCGGAGCUACCGUCAAUGAACACCGGGACAGCAUAGGUGGACGGUCCAAAGACUCCAAGGGGAGCUUUCUAGGACGCCAGCGCAACGGCAGCGCCUCGAGCCGGACGGCUGGUGGAAACCGCACGACGAACAUCGAAGGUGACUCGCAGCCAAGCUCGCCUAUCCAAAAGCGGAAGAAGAAGAAGAGUGGGGGAAUCCUGUCAUUUCUGGGGUGCUGUGCUGGCCCUGACGAUGGUAACACGACAGAAGGAGACGGCGAAAAUGUCCACAAACUGCAAUCGAUACCCCAGAGGCCGCCCACGGCCAAGUCCAAGUCCAGGACAGCAACCCCGCAGGAGCAAGACGACUCAAACAAGGCGACAAACGAAAAGGAUACCACGGCUACUGAGAAGAACGAGGAGCAGACCAUUUCGGGUGGUGGUGGUGGCGGCGGCGGCGGCCGGAUAACGCCCGUCAACGGCGAGUCCUCGGGUCAGACCGUGGCGCCAUCUGUGACUGUGGAGCCUCCCAAGCCUCAGACGGAAAAUAUUGAGCAUGAUCACUCUCACAACAACACCACCGCACACGACGGUGACGCCAUGCAGGAUGCCAUCACCGAGGAGAGGCACGGCGCCGUCGAUGUACCGGCAACAGAGGAGUACAACGACAGCGAAGAUGUGCCGAUGCAGACAGCACCGGUCGCACUUCCCGAGGAUAUUAUUCCUGAUGAUGAGCCCCCGAGAUACCUCCUCCCCGAAAUCCUCCCAGAACACAGGGGUAGGAAGUGCCUCGUGCUAGACCUGGACGAGACGCUCGUCCACAGCUCCUUUAAGAUCCUUCACCAAGCCGACUUUACCAUUCCUGUGGAAAUUGAGGGAAAUUACCACAAUGUUUACGUCAUCAAGCGGCCAGGCGUGGACGAGUUCAUGAAGCGAGUUGGUGAGCUGUACGAAGUUGUAGUCUUCACGGCCUCGGUUUCCAAGUACGGCGACCCUCUUCUCGACCAGCUGGAUAUCCACAAGGUCGUUCACCACCGUCUCUUCCGAGAGAGCUGCUACAACCACCAGGGCAACUACGUCAAGGACCUAUCCCAGAUCGGCCGCGACCUCAAGGACACCAUCAUCAUCGACAACUCACCCACAUCCUACAUCUUCCACCCGCAGCACGCCGUGCCCAUCAGCAGCUGGUUCUCGGACGCUCACGACAAUGAAUUAUUAGACCUCAUCCCUGUUCUUGAAGACCUGGCUGGACCUACCGUCGCAGACGUCAGCUUGGUUCUCGAUGUCACUCUUUAA